UCAAUUUGCAAUUCCAAAAUGGCGGUCACUGCGCAAAGUUUAAAUGUGGGUACUUUUAAUACUGUGGGAUGAAAUUCCACGCAACCGAACUUCCAAUUCAGAGCAUAAUUACACUUUGGCGAGCCGUUAUGAGUGCUGAAGCUCCAAAUAUCAAGACAAAAGCUGCAAUUCGCCAACAUAUAUGGGACCAUAUAGAGAGAAACAAUUUGGCGAAUUUUCCACGACCAGUUCACCAUCGAAUCCCAAAUUUUAAGGGUGCGAAUGCGGCAGGCGAAAAAGUCGUUGCCAUGGAUAUAUUCAAGAAAGCAAAAACUAUUAAAGUGAACCCAGACAAGCCGCAAGAAUGGGUGAGAUACAAGACGUUAGAGGAGGGAAAAGUGUUGCUUGUCCCAACUCCACGGUUAAAAACUGGUUUAUUCAACCGCAUUUUGCCCCCGGCAGGGGCUAAUACUGCAAUACUGAAGAAGUGUGCGACCAGGGAAGGUAUUACUCAUUACAGCGCACCUGUGGGAUUGGAACAUAAGAUCACUAUUGAUCUUAUUGUGAUUGGGUCUGUGGCUGUGUCUUCCAAAGGUUAUCGUAUUGGCAAAGGUGAGGGAUAUGCUGAUAUGGAAUAUGCCAUGAUGGUUUCCAUGGGAGCAGUCAAUCAAGACACAGUUGUGGUGUCUACUGUCCAUGAUUGUCAGGUAGUGGAUAUUCCAGAUGAGUUGACGGAUGAACAUGAUCUGAUGGUAGACUACAUUGUAACACCCACAAGGGUUAUCCAUUGCCAAGGACAUACACAGAGCUCAGCUGGAAUUCAGUGGUCAAAAGUCACACCUCAAAUGUUAAAGGACAUUCCUGUAUUGAAAGAUCUUAGAGAAAAGGAGAAAAGACUUGGAAAGAAUGUCACUUUGAAAGAUUAACUUAUCGGCAAAUUUUCUGUCAAUAAAUGGGUAUGUUUCAUUACCUCAAUGAGAUUUCUUUUUACAUGAUCCUUAACUCCCAAGAUUUCAUCCUUACUGUUUGCUAUACAAUUCUUCUGAUGUUACUUCUGAGAAUUUGUUGCUGGAUCAACUAAUAAUCCCCUAGUUGAUACUUUUCCUGAUUCUCAUCACUUGUCUUCUUGAUGUUGUAUUGAUAUUGUAAGGAGAAAUUCUGUCUUGGUCACUCAUGGGAGUUUAAGGGGUAAAGUCUCUGAAAGAACAUGUGUCACACUUGACUGUGCCUCAUGUGCUGCCACUUUCUUUUUUUGUUCUUACCAUUUUUUUACAUCAUCUUUGAUCUAUUACUGAACUGACAUGCAGAAACAUGGAACGCAUUUGUUAAGAUUUAA